AUGGCACUCAUUAAUGAAAGCCACCCAGAAGAGUUCAUCCUACUAGGCUUUGAUGACCGCCCUUGGCUAGAGCUUCCUCUGUUUGUUAUUCUUCUCAUAACAUACCCAAUGGCCAUGAUGGGAAACAUUGCCAUCAUUCUGGUGUCCAAGUUAGAUCCCAGUCUCCACAGUCCCAUGUAUUUCUUCCUCACCAACCUCUCUUUCUUGGACAUGUGUUACACCACAAGCAUUGUGCCUCAGAUGCUAUUUAACCUGGGUAGCUCUAAGAAGACCAUCAGCUAUGUGGGGUGUGCAGUUCAGUUGUUUCUUUUCAGUACAAUGGGAAGCACAGAAUGUCUUCUCCUGGCUCUCAUGGCUGUUGAUCGCUAUGUGGCCAUCUGCAGGCCUCUGCACUACACCCUUAUCAUGAAUCAGCACAUCUGUAUCCUGUUAGUGUCCAUUAUGUGGAUAAGUGGAAUUACUUAUGGUGUCUUUGAGGUCACUCUAACAUUACAGUUGCCACUAUGCGGCAUCAAUAAACUGGAUCACUUGUUUUGUGAGAUUCCAGUUCUGAUAAAGACUGCCUGUGGGGAAAAGGAGGCUAAUGAGUUUACACUCUCUCUGGUAUGCUCUUUUUUAAUAGCUGUUCCUCUAUGCUUAAUUCUUGUCUCCUAUGUGAGUAUUGGACAUGCCAUAUCUAAGAUUAAAUCUUCUGAAGGAAGGAAAAAGGCUUUGGGGACAUGCUCCUCUCAUCUCAUUGUAGUUUUCUUAUUUUAUGGCCCAGGCAUUAGCACAUACAUUCAAUCCCCCUCUUCCAUCUCGAGGGAUCAACCCAAGUUCAUGGCUCUGUUCUAUGGAGUGAUGAUUCCUACAAUCAACCCAUUCAUCUACACACUGAGGAAUAAGGAUGUGAAGGGAGCAUUAAACAAACUUAUGAUGGGCAUUUUCAGAUGCUAG